AGGCAAGGGACAAAAAGCCCUCCUCGCGCAACAGCAAGACUCGUAAGGACCUGGAAUCCCUCGUUACGUCUCUGAGAGAGCAACGUCGAGAAAUGAUGGAAGACAUAGAACUGUACAAGCUCGACGUCGCCGGUUUCAAGAAGGACAUUGCUCGCCGAGAUGCCCUUUUAGCGGAGCAGGCACAUGCGCUAAAGUCGCACCCGGAGGAGAUUGAAGCACUACGUGCUUCGCACUCGCGGCUGCUGGCAGAGAUCAGCCGCUGCAGGACGGAGGCUAAUGGUAUUGUUGCUGAGAGGGAUAAGGAGAUACAGAGGCUGGAGAAGGUGGUUGGGGGACUAAAGCAUAGUAUUUCCACCAACACAAGGAUUGAGGAGGCCGUCGGCGAUGAGGUGUUCCGGGAGAUGUGGAGCCGGAUAGGGUGGGAGGUUAUGAAUUGGUGUUUGGCGAAUGGGGCGGCGAAGGGGGGGGUAAUUAAUGUCGAAAGUUUGAAGGAUGACGUCAGAAAAGAACUACAAACCGGUAUUCCAGAGUACGAAAAGUUAAUACUCGGCGGACAUAGAGUGCAUGUUGUGCAGGCAUUUCUGGCCAGGUUACUAAUCCGGGAGAUAUUCUCGGAUUGGUGUUUUGGCAUAACUAAGGAACAAAACUCUGUACUUUCCGCCCUAGAAAAGGAAUUCACCAGAAGCUCCCCCCAGCCAGCAAUAAACACCUGGCGCUCUAGCACUUCAAUCCUCCUCCGCACCUCCCUCCUAACACCACCCACAGCAACCCUCACUAACAAAAUAAUAUCCGUAACCUCCACCAUAUUCUCUGCCAUAACCCCCUUCUUCCCCACCCCCCCACCCCAAACUUCAAAGACCCUUCCGGGGAUAGUAGAACAAACGAUCCGCCUAUCACUACACAUGCAGACUCAGCGAGCGCAGUUCCGUAUCUUCCCCCCUUUAUCAUUUUCAUCUUCCACCGCUGGCGCACAAGACCAGGGCGGUGAGGAUGAGCGGGGCGUGGAGGGAGAGAUGAUUUGGAACAACGAGGACAUGGAGGAGCUCAGCGGUGAGGACGAGUCGGAGUUGGAAGGCGCGAAGGUACUCGUCGUGGCGUGGCCGGGAAUGGAGAAAUGGGGGGAUGAGAUGGGCGAGUGCUGCCAUAUCAGGAAUUGUGUGGUGAGGGCUCGGGUUGUUUGCGAUGUGGAUUAGUAUCAUACGGUAUGGUACGGUACGUAGGUGGCAGGUACUCGUUUGUAAUGCUGUCAUGAUAUAUCACUCGUGUUUCGAAAAAAAAGGUGUGGAAAGUGUUGCUGUUUUUUUCUUUCUUUCCCUUUUCCCUGAUUCGAUUUUGGUUCAAUUGAGGGUGAUGAGAGCGGUGGUGUUGGAGUGUGCUCUUUCUUUUAUUUUAUUUUUCUUUUUAAACUUGGGAGUGCUGAAUUACGGUACUCUAUCAUAGAGAUUGGAAUAAAUAUGUCACGUUGGGGUCGGCAU